AUGUCACUUCACGAACAAGAAAAAUACCGUCUACUCGUAACAGCAGGACCAUCCUACAACCUCUCAGCCCACAAAACCGUACAAGUCAACACCGAAACACCAACCUACAUCGAAAACGAAUUCCUCCGUGCAAAAAUCCAAGUCCGAAUCCGGGGCUACAGAGGCCUACCCUCAUCCUCCCCAUCAGAAUCCUCGUACUUCAACGACUUGGUCCAUAAAAAUGACCAAUACUCUGUCGGCUUCUCUUUCGUCCCGAAAAUUGAUAUCCCGUCAAAAGAUACGGUUUGGGGUAAUGAUCUCGAUCACCCAAUCCGAGACAGAUUACCUCCGGGUUUCAAUACUGCGUUCCGCAUCGUGAAAGAAUUCAUCGAUCCUGGUCUCGCGUGUGAUGUCUAUGCGGACAAACCUUGGUUAUAUGGGCCUAGUACGUCUUGUUGGUUCGCCUUACGCAUCGGCGAGAAGCUCAAGAAUGACGAUGAAGAUUUCCCAGCUCCAGGAGUCCUAACAGAAGGCGCAGACGGUUCUGGCCAACAAGUCCGAGAACAACUCGGUCUACCUUCAAAUAAUGAAAAACGACGCAAACACUUUCUGAAGGAAAAUAAUCGUGAGCAAUUCAUCUUUGAAAAGGGAAGGCUUUACAUGGCAGAUUUCUAUAAUCCUUAUUUGGAUUUCGCGAAUUAUAGUCUUAAGCUACCGGGGUUUAGUCUCAAGGUGAUUAGGUAUAUUGGGGACAAGACGCAUUGUUUGAGGUAUGUGUUCAAGCAGAGGGGUGGCGAGGGUGUUUAUUUGAACGUUAAUAUUACGUUGCUUUGGGGAGAAAAGUUGAAGGAGGCGUUGAGGGAGGAUGAGGAACAGCAGGCGGGCGAGGGAGCAAAAGAGGAAUUAGUUGCUCAAGUGAGGGAAGACCCAAUAGAUGAGAUUGAUAGAUUACUUCGCGAGACUUCGACGCAGCAGAAGCGAGAAACAUAG